GGGGUCACUUCCCGUUUGGCGGCUAUUUCAGCGUGUCUCGCUGGGCCGUUCACCGCGAAGUUUUGUUGACUAUGUUUUCAAUCCUGAGCGUUUACUUAUCGGACUGCUUACUCGUUGCCAACCGGACUGCCUUUACUGUGUGUGAACCUUUGCUGCCAGCCCUUUAUCGACCCUUGCCUGCCCCACGGACUAUCGCGUUUGAUCGCCGCCUGCCCCGACCCCUUGCACGGACUAUUACCGAUUGGAUUUGCCUUCACCACACCAGUCCGCCAUUGUUGACCAACGCCUGUUUAAGUUGUCUGAUUUAUUAAAGUUGUUGCAUAUGGAUCCGCCGUCUCACGAUUCGUCUUUGGUAUCGUCACAGCUGUGAAUUGGUGAAGGACGAUGGCUGUUGAAGAGCUGCUUGUGGACUCACUGAAGGAACUAGUAGAAGCUGAACUGAAGGAGUUUCACUGGCACUUAAAGAAUGCAUAUCAUAAGUGUAUAUCAAAGUCUGAAAUGGAAAAGGCAGAUAUAUUCGACACAGUGGAUAAGAUGGUGGCAUGUUUUGGACCAGAAGAAGCUGUGAAGGUCAUGGUGGACAUUAUGAGGAAAAUGAAGCAAAAUAAUCUGGCUGAACAGUUGGAGAAUGAACACAAGCAAGCUCAGGCUGAGGGCAAUAAGAAGACAUCUGUCCCUGUUGGAGGUGAUUUACAACAUAUCUGGAAGCUGCAAAACGUCUUGAAAACUCACAAAGACAACAUGAAAAGAAAGGCAAAAUAUAUUUUUGAGGGCAACAAAGAAAAUGACACAGAUCUCAUGGCUGUUUACACAGAACUGUUCAUCACAGAGGGAGAUAUGGAAGAUGUCAAUCAGGAACAUGAGAUUCUGAAGAUUGAUGAUGUUUUCAAGAACAAAAAAACACACAACAAACCAAUCAAAUGCAAUGAUAUAUUUACUGAACUGAGGAAAAACAAUGAGAAGAAGAUUGUGCUGACCAAGGGAGUCGCUGGCAUUGGAAAAACUGUCUGUGUACACAAAUUCAUCCUGGACUGGGCAGAAGGAGAAUCCAAUCAGGAUAUAGACUGUGUGUUCCUGCUUCCAUUCCGAGAGCUCAAUGUGAUUCAAGACAAAGAGUUCAAUCUCCAUGAGCUUCUGCUGAAAUUUUAUCCUGAAUUGAAGGACCAGGAGAAAUCAAAGUUAUAUAAGGAAUGUAAGCUAGCAUUUAUAUUUGAUGGACUUGAUGAGAGUCGACUGCCAUUGAACUUUAAAAGCGAAACACUGAACACUGUUGAGGAAAAAGCAUCUGUAGAUGUGCUGUUUACAAGUCUGGUCAAAGGGAAUCUGCUUACAUCAGCUCAUGUCUGGGUGACAUCACGACCAGCAGCAGCCAAUCAGAUCCCUCCUCGUAAUGUAGGUUUGUUUACAGAAGUGCAAGGAUUCACAGACCAACAAAAGGAGCUGUACUUUAGAAAGAGAAUCACAGAUGAGACUCAGGCCUCCAGAAUCAUCUCACACAUUAAGAUGUCUCGUAGUCUCUACAUCAUGUGCCACAUUCCUGUGUUCUGCUGGAUAACGGCCACAGUACUUCAAGAUAUUCUCAAUGGGAACAAUGCAGAGAACAUCAGCACAACACUCACUGAAAUGUACAUUCACUUUCUGCUAAUACAGAUGAACAUAAAGAGUCAGAAGUAUGAUGAACAAGAAGAAAGAGAACGUAUCAAGCACUUACAUUUAAAUAGAGAGUUGAUUUUGAAGUUGGCCAAACUAGCAUUUGAACAACUGAAGAAGGAAAACAUCGUGUUCUAUGAGGAAGAUCUGAAAGAAUGUGGUAUUGAUGUGAGUAAAGACACUGAGUUCACAGGAAUGAUCGCUGAGAUCUUUAAGAUGGAAGAUGGACUUUAUAAGACAAAGGUCUUCUGCUUUGUGCAUCUGAGUGUUCAAGAGUUUCUAGCUGCAGUUCAUGUGUUUGUCUGCUACCUAAACAAGAACAUGCAAGAGCUUCAGUUUUUCUUUGAAGAUUUACAAACUACAGCCAUACAAAAGCUUAAAUGUUUUUUUUUUUACUUUUUUAGAAAUGUAACAUUACAUGAUUUAACAAAGAGAGCCACUGAAAAAGCAAUACAAAGUAAGAGAGGACAUCUGGACCUGUUCCUGCGGUUUCUCAUGGGAAUUUCACUGGAAUCCAGUCAAAAUCUGCUCAAAGGCUUGAUCACACACACUGAAGACACCACAGAGACCAUCAGACAAACAACUGAAUACAUUAAACAAGUACAAAACAAGAAUAUCACAGAUGAAACUUCAGUCAACCUAUUCUACUGCUUACUUGAGCUCAAAGAUCAUUCAUUAUAUGAGGAAAUACAGAGUUACCUCAGUUCAGAUGGACAUCCAGGAAGAGACCUCUCAUCUUCAAUGUGCACAGUGCUGACUUACGUACUCCUGAUGUCAGAGAAGGUGCUGGAUGAGUUCAACCCAAAGAGGUUCACGUCAUCUUCAAACUACAAGAGACUCAUCCCAGCUAUGAGAUGCUGCAGAAAAGCACUAUUUGACAACUGUGAUUUUGAUGAAACAUGCUGUGAAACUGUGUCUUCUGCUCUACAAUCAACAAACUCCCAUCUGACAGAGCUGGACCUGAGUAACAAUCACUUGCAGGAUUCAGGAGUGAAGCUGAUCACUGAUGGGCUGAAGAGUCCACACUGUCGACUGAACAUACUGAGGCUGUGUGGGUGUCAUCUCACUGCUCAGUCCUGUGAAAGUUUGUCUUUAGCUCUACAGUCCUCAAACUCUGUCCUGAAAGAGCUGGAUCUGAGUAACAAUGACCUGCAGGAUUCUGGAGUGAAGCAUCUUUCUGAUGGACUGAAGAGUCCAGAUUCUAAGCUGGAGAUAUUCAUAUUUUCCAAAUGUAAUCUCACUGCUCAGACUUGUGCUAGUUUGUCAUCAGUUUUGAAAUCCUCAAACUCUGUCCUGAGAGAGCUGGAUCUGAGUAACAAUGACCUGCAGGAUUCUGGAGUGAAACUUCUUUCUGAUGGACUGAAGAGUCCAAACUCUAAACUGGAAAUGUUGAGAGUUUCCACAUGUAAUCUCACUGCUCAGACUUGUGGCAGUUUGUCAUCAGGUUUACAAUUAUCAAACUCUGUCCUGAGAGAGCUGGACCUAAGUAACAAUGACCUGCAGGAUUCUGGAGUGAUGCUUCUUUCUGAAGGACUAAAGAGUCCAAACUGUCAGAUGGAGAUACUGAGGUUGUCUGGCUGUAUGGUGACAGAGAAAGGCUGUCAUUAUGUGUCUUCAGCUCUGACUUCAAACCCCUUACACCUGAGAGAGCUGGAUCUGAGCUACAAUCACCCAGGAGAUUCAGGAGUCAAGCUGCUUUCUGAAAAACUGAAGGACCCAAACUGCUCACUGGACAAACUCAAUGUGAAUCAUAGAGGGGAAUCCAGGAUUACAGCAGGACUGAAGAAAUAUGCCUGUUUUCUCACACUGGAUCCAAACACAGCAAACACUGGACUCAUUCUGUCUGAGGAGACAAGAAAAGUGACAUUUGGGUAUCAGUCGUAUCCUGAUCAUCCAGACAGAUUUGAUGAUGUGUCUCAGGUGUUGUGCAGAGAGAGUGUGAGUGGACGCUGUUACUGGGAGAUUGAGUGGAAUGGACGUUAUGGUGUGUAUAUAUCAGUGUCAUAUAAGAGCAUCAGCAGGAAGGGACGGGGUCUGGAGUGUGUGUUUGGAUGUAAUGAUCAGUCCUGGAGUUUGUUCUGCUCUCCUGACAAUUACUCAUUCAGACACAAUGGCAGAGAGACUGAUCUCCCUGUAGAGCCCAUCAUCAAUAGAAUAGGAGUGAAUGAGUUUAUCAGGAGAAUAGUAGUGUAUGGUGAUAUCAGUAGAGUAGGAGUGUAUGUGGAUGAGAGUGCAGGAACUCUGUCCUUCUACAGCGUCUCCAGAAACACAACGAGCCUCAUCCACACAGUCCACACCACAUUCACUCAGCCGCUCUAUCCUGGGUUUUGGGUUAAUAGUGGAUCAUCAGUGAAACUGUGUUGAUGAAUGAGAAUAGAGUGAAGAGAGAUUCUACCCAUAAUGCUUUGAGCUGCAUGAUAAAUCAGUAACAGUGAGAUGUUAUAGUCUCUUUAUGACAUUAAUAUUGCAGCUCAACUUCUGUCACUCAAAUAACAGUCAGAAUAAAUACAUCACAAAUCCUCAUUUAGACAGUCAGAUCAGUGUGUGUUUUUUAUUAUGCAAGUUCUUGAAAAACAAAGUAUACAUGGCAUAUGUGAAGCACAUAAUAAUGAAUAAAGUUAUGUAACAAAAC